AUUCUCUCCGCUGUGGAAUGGCAGACAGGCCCUUAUCUAGGGGACUCCGUAAAUAAGCGCAUUUUUGUUAUUUAUUCAUUUAUAACAGUGGUGUGUGUGUGUAUCCAGAGUUUAAAGCCCGCCGUGUGUUUCGGAGAUCUUCUGAUGGGCCUACCUCUGGGAUCGGCUGAUCUGGGGUCAGUACUGCGUGUUCCUGCUGAUGUGGACCGUGUUUGGCUGGAGCUUUAAAAGACUUUAUCUGUUUACGAAACUACUGAACUCAUGGCUGUGACGAGUCUGUAUUAUUGAUGACAGAAGAGUGAAGUCAGGCCGUUUUAUUCGACGAAUUGUUUUGUCAAACGUUGAAUUUGUGUUUGUUUUACGAGACUUUGGAUGUUUGCUUUAAGGAAAAGAAACUCUGAGUGACGAUGAACCACCAGUGAACAUCAGUCGUGUUGUUUUCUAAGCGCAUGUGCACCGGAGUGAUGGAGAGUGACUGCAGGAUCCCCAUGUCGUGUCUGAGACCCAGGAUCCUGGCCCUACACGCUUUAUUCUGGGGCUUAGUGUCUCUUAGAGUAUUCGGAGCAGCUCUUCUUAGCGAUGAGAAGACAGCAGUUGCAGUGACAAAGGCGAUGACUGCACCAUGUUGGCAGCUGGAGGAGUUUGUGGUGGCUAAAGAGUGCAGUGUAUGCGAGGGUUUGCAGUUGAAAACGAUACAAGCCUGCAGCCAAACUGGAUUUAUAGAAAAGAUCAACUGCACAAAGUCUAACAGAGAUGAAUACAAAAGCUGUCGCUCAACAAAAAUGGAGGAGCAUCUGUUUUGGAAAUUCGAAGGAACAAUGCUGGCUCUCACUGUUGUCUUUGCAAUAAUGGUGGUGAUCAGGCAACGCUCGCUUGACCGCCAAGCCUCAGACAAGGUCCGGAGGCAGAUAGAAUCUAUUUAGUUGACCGAACGAACAAUACUAAAUGUUUAGGGGCUUCGGGGGCCUGUUGUUAUAGACUCUCAGCAAAGGGCAUAACCCAACAGCCCACAGAGACUUCCAGACAUUAUCUGACUAGAUGCACAAAGACUCUGAACAGACACGUCGUGCUUUCACUUCCCAGACUGAGAUUAAUCGUGGCCGCUGCUCUGUGCAGGAUUUAACUUUAACUUCUCCAGUGGAAUAGAUGUGAACAUCCAUUUUGAAUCUGCAAACAUUAUGCAAGAUUGGAGUCCUGUCUCUGUUUUGUUGAAGCUCUGCAUAUACCUGUUCUUACAAAUGCUGUGAAGGUGGUGUGUGUAGAACGAAUAUGAGAGUGUGUGUUGCAUGUUUUAAAUGAUCCCUAAAGCACAUCAAGUAUUUUCUUAAACUGAGAAUGAACUCUACGGUCAUUUUUUGUUCUGUUAUUAUGGGUUUAUGUUAUACAAGGUGUUAUUUUUUUGGCUCUGUUCAUUUUGGAAAGUGCUACAGAUCAUGUCUUUUUCCUCACUUGCUCUAAACUGACGCACUCAUCCAUCCAUUAACAUUGACCUGUUUCUUCCUGGAGCCUUAAAAUUCAUUUGAAUAACCGUGAA